AUGCAGGGAGGAGUGGAGGACAGGCGGGAGAGGAUCAGGCUGACAAGUGAAGCCGAGAAGCGUGCUCAAGAGCAAAACGCUGGGGCAGGAACUGAUGACGGUGAUGAUGAGGCGACGAUGAGACGGGACUCCUCGGAGCAGGCCGAUGCGCGUUGGGGGUUUGGAGACCGCGAACAGCGUGGAGUUGCUGAAUUGGCAAGGUGCAAGACUCCAAGUGGACAAUUCCAGGUUCUCGCUCCACCAAGUGGCUGGGCGGAGUCACGUGUUUGA